UCCUUCCACAAAUAUAAAACCAUCUCAUCACAAGCAAGUUAGCAGCACAACAUUCUUCACUACUUUUUCUUUUCUAUAACAUUAUACUACCAAGAAGAUGAAUGCCUUUCAACUUCACAAAGUUCAAAAGGCUGAAGGACCUGCAACUAUUUUGGCCAUUGGCACUGCAAAUCCACCAAACUGUGUUGCACAGACUACAUAUCCUGAUUUCUACUUCAGAAUCACAAACAGUGAGCACCAGACCAAACUCAAACAAAAAUUUCAGCGUAUUUGUGAUAAAACUAUGAUUAAGAGGAGAUAUAUGUAUCUAACAGAAGACAUUUUGAAAGAGAACCCUAAUUUAUGUGCAUAUAUGGCACCUUCUUUGGAUGCUAGACAAGAUAUGGUAGUGGCAGAGGUUCCCAGACUAGGGAAGGAAGCUGCAAUAAAGGCUAUAAAAGAAUGGGGCCAACCAAAGUCAAAGAUUACACACUUAAUCUUUUGCACCGUAAGUGGUGUGGACAUCCCUGGUGCUGAUUAUCAACUUAUAAAACUUUUAGGUCUUGGCCCAAAUGUGAAGAGGUACAUGUUGUAUCAACAAGGGUGUGUUGCAGGUGGUACAGUACUUCGUUUGGCUAAGGACUUAGCCGAGAACAACAAAGACGCGCGUGUGUUGGUUGUUUGUUCCGAAAUUCUUACAGCAAUUUCAUUUUGUGGCCCUAGUGACACUCACUUGGACAACCUUGUUGGACAAGCACUAUUUGGAGAUGGAGCCGCUGCAGUCAUUGUUGGUUCUGACCCGGUGCCAGAAAUUGAGAAACCUAUAUUUGAGUUAUUUUGGACUGCACAAACAAUUGCUCCAAACAGCGAGGGAGCUAUUUGUGCUCAUCUUCGUGAAGUUGGACUAACUAUUCAUCUUCGUAAGGAUAUUCCUGAUAUCAUCUCAAAUGAUAUUGAUAAAAUACUUGUUGAGGCAUUCCAACCCUUAGGUAUCUAUGAUUACAAUUCAAUCUUUUGGAUCGCUCACCCGGGUGGACCUGCUAUUUUAGAUAAGAUAGAGCAAAAGUUAUCUUUAAAACCUGAGAAAAUGAGGUCCACUAGAAAAAUACUUAGUGAAUAUGGUAAUAUGUCAAGUGCAUGUGUGUUCUUCAGUAUGGAUGAAAUGAGAAAGAAGUCAUCUCAGGAUGGACUAAAAACCACAGGAGAAGGGCUUGAAUGGGGUGUGUUGUUAAGCUUUGGUCCCGGGCUUACUAUUGAAACAAUUGUUCUUCGUAGUAUAGUUAUAUGAGAUCCUUGAUUGUUUUAUUUUAUUCAA